GUCCGUAUCAGGCUCAUUUCCUCUGCUUCCAACUUAUCUGUUUUUUGAUAGUCUUUUUAUUUCAUCUCCAAGGCUCGGAAAAAUAAGAGAUCGGAGGGCAAAUUAUGGGCACUAAUUUCCUUUUGCUUGGCUGGGCAUCACGAGAUUUCUCGCUCUGCUAGCAUAAGAUUAACCUUAGGUAACUGCUCAACCUUUGCUCAUUUCCAACCUUUGAUCUGCUCAACGACUGUCACAGGCUCUUUACAUUGUUGCUUUUACCAGUUUUCCCUCUGGAGCUGGUCCUGAAGACAAGCACAAAGAGAAGCAUGAGUGGGUGUUAGGAGUCAUAUGCUUGACAACUCUGCACCAGAACACAGAGCUGCAGACUGCCUUGCCUGAGAUUUUCAGUUGUCUGGUGAAGUUGGACCCCUUCACACAAUGUCUACAGAAGUGGAAAAUGUACCAGCAACUGCUGACCCAAGUUCCCCAGCCACCGUGUCAAAUGCCAACAGCCCACACACAUCCCCGGUGGCAACCACACCCAAGGCCCAGUUGAAGAAGGAGAAGAGGAAAGUUCCAGAAAAGACGGAUGAGUACCUCCUGAGCAGGUUUCAGGGGGAUGGUGUGAGGUACAAAGCCAAGCUGAUUGGCAUUGAUGAUGUCUCCGAGGCCCGUGGAGAUAAAAUGUGCCAGGAUUCCAUGAUGAAACUUAAGGGGAUGGCGGUAGCUGCUCGGUCCCAAGGCAAGCACAAACAGAGAAUCUGGGUCAACAUUUCCAUGUCUGGUCUAAAGAUCAUUGACGAGAAAUCAGGAGUAAUUGAACAUGAGCAUGUGGUGAAUAGGAUCUCCUUCAUUGCCAGAGAUGUAACAGACAACAGAGCGUUUGGCUAUGUAUGUGGGGCUGAAGGACAGCAUCAGUUCUUUGCCAUAAAAACUGCACAACAGGCAGAACCCUUGGUCAUUGAUCUGAAGGAUCUGUUCCAAGUCAUCUUCAACAUGAGGAAGAAGGAAGCUGAGUCAUCACAGAAGGCUGAAAAUGGCUCUGCUGUCGUUGAGAACGGAGGUGCCUUGCAAAGUGCUGACAGUCAAUCAAAGAAUCCCCAGCCAAUGGAACAAUUUGACCUUUUUGGAGACAUUACAACUCCUCCAGACAUCAGGGCACCAAAUGAAUCUAAUGACAUUCUGUUGCUGGACUUUUCUGCUGGAGUUGACAGCAAUCAAAAUUGCAUAAAGGAUGUCUCUUUUCUAACCUCCCUCAGCCCUGACUAUAAAGCGCCCACAAAUUCUUCAACUUUAAGCUACUUUCCUGUUCCAGACAAUGAUCCAUUUGGAGAUGCCUCCCUUUCAAGUCCACCCAAUAGUUUUUCACCUGCUGAUACGCCUACAUCCCCUACAAGUAACCUUAGCAUCGCUGCUGGUAGCAACACCAUGACAAAUGUUAAUAGUUUGACUGGAGAUGCUGAACACAAUAGGCAGAUGAAUGGAUUAUCCAGUAAAUCAAUGAUCCUUGCUCUCAAUAAUGGACAGUGGCCACUAGGGGGUAGUAUAGCACAGGGCACCGCAAUAACGAUGAUGGACGGGAAUGAAUAUCAACAAACCUAUACAGCCAAAAACCCGUUUUUCGACUCCUGUUUGAAAACGUCCCCUGUCUCUAACGACAUACCAAGUCAUCCAGAAGCACCAGCCACUCAAAGCGACUCUGUUGUCCUAAGCCCACCUCCACAGAACUCUAAGUCUGGACGAGGUCGAAGGACUACAAAGUCUGCUUCAAGUGACCUGUUUAGUGCGGACCUGUUUGGCGCUCCUGCUCCUUCCGAGACUGCUCCAGCGGACCUUUUCAACAAUACACCCACAAAUACUCUUCCCUCAACCAUUGUUGCCCUGGGAAAUCUGCAGUUGGGUCCACCAGCUACAACUGUACCUGCAGUAGGCAUGUGGGCCUCCUCCCCUGCUGCACCUGCAAUGUUCCCCAUGCCAGGAAUCGUCGCUCCUGGCCCUCAACCCAGCUUUCCGCAACCAACUGCCUUUGGCCUUCCCAUGCAGCCCCCAGCCUGGGGCCCGCAGGUGGCCCCAGCGUUUAGCCCCCCACCCCUCUCUCCACCUCACCUCCAGUGGGGUCAGCCUGCUGCAUCCAAUCCCUUCCAAACGAUGGGAGAUCAUGGUCCAUCACGCCCCCCUCCAAGGCCACCAGCUAAGGAGACCCUGCCACCAGUGGAGAAAAGUGCCUUCACAGCUUUGGAUCCUCUUGGAGAUAAGGAGAAAAAAACUGGGAAGGACAUGUUCAAAAACUUCCAGCUUGCCAAACCUCCCGCUAUCCCAGCGAGGAAAGGGGAGCUCACACCUGCAGCUGCGCCAGGCCCUGCUAACCAGGAGUCGGGGGCAUUUGAUGAGUACUUUUCCAAUAAAGUUGGUCUGGCUCAGGAUGCUGCAGACCAUGAUGACUUUGAUAUUAAUCAGAUGUCCUCACUUGCUAAUAAUGAUGCUCCAAAGCAACCACCUUUACCUGCUCAGCUGGCCGCUCCAAGUCUUAAUCCUGCCCUUCUAGACGCUGCCUUCUCUUCAGCUCUGGUCCCCAACAGUUCAGCGCAAACACUGGGCCAAGACCCCGGUCAGGACAUGUUUGAUAAAGCUUUUGGUGCCCCAGAUCCAAAUCCUUUUGGAACACCCCCUGUUGGAAUGAAUACUGUUGCUCAGACUUCUGGUUCCACAGAUGUCUUCGGAAAUGCGUUUGGGAAUCCUUUUGCUUAAACACAGGUUUACCCACAAUGAAAAGCAAUAGAGGACAAAACAACUCCACCUCCAAACUUGCCUUCAGGACAAGCUGCCCUGUGCAAGACGAUACCAAUGAACUUUUCUUACUCUUGUCCUUGAACCAUUAUUAUAUUUUUUUUUUAACACUCUUCUCUGAUAGUUCUGUUGACUGAUCCACCAAGUAAAUGUUUGGGUAUGAUCUUCUAAUGAAAGAACUGUGCUGUGUGAAAGAAUGUUUAGAUGUUCACUGCUAAUGCUGUCUUUGCUAAAGAAAUAAAAUUGUAAUGGUGCAGUAAA